UAACACUGUUUUAACAAAAACAUAUAAAGAGGAGGGUGUGUUAAAUGCACAGGCUUGGAUCUAGCCCAAUUAAGACUUGGCAGAGUAUUAUUAGGCAAAGCCUAGUGGUGGACAUGGAGUCUAGAUAGUGGUCUUAUUCAGAGGAGAGAACUGUAUUUGAAUAUCGAUGAAGACAAGCCUGGUUAGAGCAGAAAGAGGAGAUGUGUGUUCUACACAGCUGUGGCGCUCCAGAAUGAAAGACAGAUUAUUAGUACUGUCGGGCCUCUUUUACACAUCUGUCUCAAGAUCAUGUGAUUAGAUUAUUUUUGCUCUCUGCUGCCCCAGUCUCUGAUGCUCCCUCAACACACAGCAGGCUCCAAAGCAACAAGACCCCCAUACUGUCUAUGCAUGCUUGUUUUCUCUCAGCCUGUAGGCAUUCCUUUACCAUGAAGUGAACUCUAGGGGUUCUCUGUCUAGUAUGAGACGUUAACAGAAUGGAUCAUCUCAUCAGCUUUAUCCAUACACAUGCCUGUCAAAUGCUGGCUCUGUAUUCAGUGUAUUGAUACGCUCGAAGGCUCAGUCAUUUUGGAAGUUUUUUCAGCAGCAGCAGGAUUUUGAAGCAUGGAGCUAGACUCUGUUGCCAUGGCACUUUGUCCGACCUCACAUUGUAAAGGCAUGCCAUUAUUCGCUCUCAGCCGAAAUGCACCGCAUCUUCUGACUCAAGCCUUUGUGGCAUGCACAAGUGGCUCUCAGAGGAGAAUGGCAUUGCGAAAAAAGGCUGAGGUCGGAGGUCACGUUAGAGCCUUCCCAUUGGGCUUGCUUUUGUGUAAUCAAAUUUGUUGCGGGCACAAAAAGAGCGACAGUAAUGUAUAUGGACAGCAGUUCAGUGCAGGGACUGUGCAGUUCAUUCGUUUAUUAGACUUGUCCUCCACCUGGUCUUGACUCCUCCACAAAUGCUGCAUGUAGAAGAAGCUGCUGGAUAACCUUGUGCUCUCACAGCAGCUGUUAACAAACCAACGUACAGAGCCAAACUACACCCUCUCUACUUCACUGUGCUAAACUCAUUCUAGCCUGCACUGCUCAACAGACUCGAGAGGAACUAACACGGUUACUGUAUGACCAUGGAGUUCUCUCCCACUGUGCUUCCCACACUGCUGCCCAAUCAGACGACCGAUAGCUGUGAGCCUGUAGACAACACAGUGGAGAAUCUCUUCUUUGGCCUCUACUACAUCAUAGUCUUUCUUCUCGCUCUGAAUGGCAACAGUCUUGCCCUCUGGAUCUUCUCACGUCAAAGAGGAGCCUCUUCCCCAGCUAAUGUGUUCUUGAUGCACCUUGCUAUAGCUGACCUUUCAUAUGUUAUUAUUUUGCCUCUAAGAGCCACAUACCACUUGACAGGAGGUCACUGGCCAUUUGGAGAAGUUCCUUGCCGUGUAGCUGGCUUCCUUUUCUAUGUAAACAUGUAUGCCAGUCUUUAUUUCCUGGCUUGUGUAGCUGGUGAUCGAUACCUUGCUGUGGUUCAUGCUGUCAGCUCAUUGAAAGUCCGCCAUGCCCGCUUUGCCCACAUAACCAGUUUUGCUCUGUGGGCUCUAGUAAUUGUAGCCAUGGCUCCUCUGUUGGUCACCAAGCAGACUGUAGAAUCCAACGGCUCGACAGUGUGCUUGCAGUUGUAUAGAGAGAAAGCCUCCCGCCGAGCCUUAGUCUCCCUCGUUGUUGCAUUCACGCCUCCUUUCCUGGCAACACUUUCCUGCUACCUGCUGAUAGUGAACAGUCUGAGGAAGGGUUUGAGGAUGGAACCGGUGCUGAAGGUGCGAGCAUUGCGUACAAUCGGCCUUGUCAUGCUCAUCUAUGUGGUGUGCUUCCUGCCAUAUCACGUGAGCCGGGCCACAUUUAUCCUGGGUUAUGGACAUCCAGAUCUGUCCUGCCAAACACAACGAGGCCUAGCCCUAGCUAAUCGUCUCACCUCCUCUCUCACCUGCCUGAACGGAGCUCUGGAUCCACUGGUCUACCUUUUUGGAGCAGAGAAAUUCAGAGGCACUGUGCAAAGACUCCUGUGCAGGGAUAAAUCAGGUGGAUCUGCAGCUACAAGUGGAGAUCUUAAAGGGACACAUGAGAGUUCCCUGAGUGCAAAAUCAGAGCUCUGAGAAAACAGCAUUUUUUCAGUCACUUAAAGGCCAGGCUAUAUAUCAUGUUUGGUCAAUUUGAUACCGUGUUGGUCUCCAUAUAAUGAAGUACACAGACGAUGGGUUUGGGGUGUGUAGACAUUUGAACAUAAUGAAAAGUGUUCGCUGGCUGGUAUGUGAUUUUCUUAACCGGAGGUGAAAAGGGGAAGUUAUGCAAAUGCCAAAGACAUCAGUCACUUGAUUUAGUCUUAUGGUUAGUCUGAGAGUACCUGAGCCUAAAAAAGGGAAAUGUUUGUUUAAAUAUUUGACACAAUUUGACACCAUUCUGGCCAUUAAAAGCAAAUUUACAAAUUAACAUCCAGGGUCCAACAUCACGCCCAGUUUUCCUGGUAAAGGUUCUGGAUUCACUGUUCUACUGAGCAGGAAAAAGCUUUCUGAAAGGAAAUGAGUGAAUAAAAGUAACAGAUGAGAGCGAUCAGAGGACACACUUCAUCAAACUUUUCAUUUGUUUUACUAACAACUAAAGGCGGAACAAUUCUAUUCAAAGUUCAACUGAAUCACCUAUUUGAAGUUCAGCAAAAAAGCCACAUUUUUGAGUGUGUAGUUUCACAGACAUUACAUAUUUAAAUUGCAUUUAUUGGACUUAACACAUUUGAUUAAUAGCAUAGAAAUGUUUCUAAUUAACAGUCACUCAAAAACCAACUGUGGGAGAAAAACUCCACAAAUAUAGCCAAUUUGUUUAAAUUAAUAUUAGCAAUUUAUUUUGUCUGUUUGCCAAUGUUUAACAUACAGUACAGUCAUGUGUCAUCACUAAGCAAAGGAUGUUGCAAUGCUAUAACAGAUGCUUUUGAGAAUAAUUAAAUGCAUAUACUGAGCUUCAUUUUAUCUGAGCCAAUAUAAAUGUUCAGAAUUUUUUUUUUUUUUUUUUUUUUUUUUGCAAUAAUGUUGUACUCCAGCAAGCUUUUUAUACUCUGCAAUACUUAUGUGGCUAUGCAAUUCACAUAUGCAUUGCAAUGUGUAACACUUUGUACCUCUUUUUCUGUGAUAUAUUUAAUCACUCUGAUUUGCUAAUUUCUUAAUCAGUGACUAUGAAGAACAUAUGAAGCUAUUUAUUAUUCAGUUUCUUUGGAUGUGAUGUUUUAUCACUUAUAUUGCUAUAUUUCAAUGUUGCUGUAUAAAGUGUGCUAGAUGCACCAUUUUAUAAUCAUGUGUAAAUUAAACUCUUUGCUAUUUUUAA